AUGGACACCGCGUCGGCCAAGCGCGCGUGGAUGGAGGACGCCGAGAACCGGAAGCGGGCCAAGAGCGCGAUGGCCACGGCGCCGCCCACGGGCUUCACGUCGCUCUCGAUGCUCGACCUCACGGACGAUGGCAGCGCGCCGGACGCGAGCAUGGGCGGUCCGGCGCUGGCACGCCCGACGCCUCGCUACGCAGGGGCACCGAUCGUGGGCUACAGCAGCUUGGCCGGGCAGUACCGCGAAACCACGGCAGGCGGCGACGACGAAGACGACCUCGGCGACACGCUGGCUGACACGGAGAACAUUGAGUUUGUCGCGUCGCAGGCCAUCAUGGAGAUGACACAGACCAUGCCCUUCUCGGAAAACAUGGUGUGCCUGCGCUUGCGACUGCACCCGACGGUCGUGGCCAACUUGAGCGACGACUCGGUCGACAAGCUCGAGCGCGCGGGCCUUCUCGACGUCGAGUUUAGUCCAAUGCACAAGCCACUGGUAUUUGGCCGCGAUCUCUUUACCGCGGCGCUCAACAACAAGAACGACUCGGCGCACGUCGACAUUGCCAAGCUCAGCAAGGAACACUGCGUCUUCGAGUGCGUCCAAGACACCAUGUCCAGCCGCGUCGUCGUGCGCAUUACGGACCGUAGCCGCAAUGGCAUCAAACUCAACGGCAUCACGAUGGUCAAGGACAAGCCCGCGACGCUGCAGCACGACGACAAGAUCACACUGCUCUCGUCCAAGUCGGGCUCGGUGCUGCUCGGGUAUAUUGUUGAAGACCCGCAUGUUGUCGGCGCGAACGCGACGGCGGCGACCCGCCCUGUGGACGCGGACCGUCCGCCCGUCACCAAACGUCACAUUCAAGAAAACGUAUUGGGCGUGUUGUUUUCGUCGCCGCUUGUGGGGCGUGACGCGCACGGCCGCUUGCACCCGAUCGAGGAACUCGACUUGUGCCGCGAGUACGACAACCUCAUCAAGACGCUCGAAGAUGCCUCCAAGCACGCGAGCACAAAGCCCGAGGACCCCAGUGUGAUGCUCGUGCCCCGCGAGAUCGACGUCAACGUGCAAUUCGCCACGUCCAACAACUUUCAGUCGAUGAUGACGCUGGGCUGUCGCGCGCUGCACUUUUCCGGGCAUGGCGGGCCCAAGUGUCUGUACUUUGAAGACCAAGAGAGCGCUGUGCACCCGAUGGUCGCCGACGAGCUCCGGCGGAGCUUCUUUGGCGGGCCCAACUCUCCGCUCCGCCUCGUUGUCGUCCAAGCGUGUCAUUCUCAGUACUGCGCGUCGGCGUUCCUUCAGUGCGGCAUCCCCCACGUCAUUGCCGUCAAGGUGGAAGAGCGUCUCGAAGACCAGGCGGCCAUCGUCUUUACAAAGAAUUUUUACCUCGCACUGGGGCAAGGCAAGAGCGUGGCCGAGAGCUUUGAGAUUGGUCGCCACGCCGUGUCGGUGUACCCGCACCUCCCCCACGCCAUCAAGGCGGCAUCGAAAUUCCAGCUGCUACCCGAAGGCGACGACCACAACGAAGUUAUUUUUCCCAUGGUGGAGCUGCCGCUGGUCGAGUACGAGUCGCAGGUCCCGUCGUCGCAGCGGUUUCCUGUUGUCUGGUCAAGUAAACUGCCGUCGCUGUGCCAGCAUUUUCGUCACCGUGAGGCAGACCAGUAUUAUGUCUGCUCGCACUUUUCCACGAUGAGCCAAACGCAAAAAUUUGUGUGGCUCGUGGGCCCCGCGGGUGUUGGCAAGACGCAGCUCUCGUACGCGACCGCCAAGUACCUCGGCGCGCGCAAGGUCUUUCCCGCCGGCAUCCGCUUCCUGCACGUGGGCAAGAUCCAGCGCGUGGCGACGUGGCUCGCCCGCACCUUUGACAACGCGACGAUGGAGCAGCACGGACUUCUCGUUCUCGACGGUGUCGACCCGCUCCUCGAGCGCGAAGAGCACGACUUUAUCAAGUGGAUCGAGGCGCUCUGCACGCAGUACUCGAGCUUGCGGCUGCUUAUCACGGCGCGCAAGCAGGUCGUGUCGCCGGUCUUCCAAACCCACGGCGGCCGCAUGCAGCAUUUGCACCCGUUCGGGCCGGCGCAAGCAGUCGACUUGCUGCGACGGCUGCUCGGGAAGGACCGCGGCCUCUCGCUCUCCGAGGUGAGUGCGUCGCCGAUCGCACAUCAAAAGAACCAUCCCGACCCGAACACGAAUCUCUCGCUCGUGCUGGAGCAGCACCCGGCCGUGCGUCAAACGGGCUUUCUGCCGCGCGAGAUUGCAGCGCUUGCCUCGCGUCUCGUGGCCGCCAAAACGACGCCCCUCGACGCCUAUGUGAAUCCGUAA